AAAAAGCAAUUAUUUAUAAUUUUUUUUGAAUUGAUUAUGGGAAAUUAGAUUGUAGAUAAAGGUAUUAAACCAAUAGUGAAAAAAGAAUUUGAAAAUUUAAAAUCUAAGUAAAGAGAUUAUUUAACUGUUAGCGAAGUUAUAAAGUUUUAGCAUCCAGAGAAUUAUUAAUUUCAAUUUGAUCAUUUAGGGAAUCUUUUUGUCUUAAAUUCUAGUCGUUCAGGGACGUUUUCAAUUUAGGAAUUUUAUAAAUUUAUAGAAUUUUGCUAGAAUAAUUUGAAAAAUGUCAAAACGUAUGAGUUUUAAAGCUAGCUUUAAGCAGCUACAACUCAUGUAUUACUUUAAUAUCUACAAAAGGAAAAUGGUGAAAAUGAAAUAGUGGAUUGGGUUGAGCAAAUGCUUUUGAAAAAUGAAAAAAAUGCAAUUACGUUUGAAAGGAUGGGAAAUACAAAGUUUAUUGGUAUUCAAACUGUGAAGAUACUUUAUGAAAUUUUCAAAAUAAAAAUGAUGAAUGGUAUGGAAAUUUAAUAGUUCUUUUAUCUAUUAUAGUAGUGUGGAGAAGAAGCUGGAUUGAUGGCUCCAGAUGCUAAGGAAUUAGAUGAAUACGUCCCUGUUGAAAUGGGCAAAGAGUUUGCAAGGUAGUACUUAAGAGGAUUUGCUAAGUUAAUGAGAGAAGUAGGAUUUAAUGAUGAUUCCUCAAUGCAGCAAGAUAUUACAAUGUUGGAAGCUAGUCUACAUAAUACUAACAAUCCAAUCAACAAGAUUGGAUAAAAUUAGAUUGAUAACUUGUAAGGGAGAGGAGAAAAUAAUUUUUAGGAUUAUUAGAGAGGUGAUAAUACAGGAGGGUUUAAUUCUAACGACUAAUACUUUGAGGAUGAAAUAGAUGUGGAGGACGAAGAUGAAAUCAAUGAUGAAGACGAUGAGGAUGAAGAUGAUGAAGAGGAAGAAUUAUAUGACUUAAAUAGAAUAGAUGAUUAAGAUGAAACAAGCUACAAUAAAUUCUAAAAUAAAUUUAGAUAUACGCAAUCAUCAGGAAUAGCAUAAUAUCAAUAAUAGUAAAGAUAAACUUAAAAUAACAAUUUCAACAACUAAGAUGAAGAAUCUGAAAAAUAAAAAUAAAAUCUCGAAGAUAAGUAUAAAGAUAAUUAUUUUGUAUAUCAAUAAAAAUAAAACUUAAAAUCUGGAUUAAAUUCUUCAGGAUAAAAGCAUAAGUCAUAGUCAAUUAAUAAUAGUUUAUCUUAAUAAUAUCAAGACCAAGUUACCACAAGUUAACCAAAGCAAGGAAUAGUAAUCCCUCCUUUGUAGGUGAAUUUAACAUAAAAAGGAUAUAUGCCAAAUAACUUCAUGUGA